AUAUAAAGUUGACACGCUGGAAAUGAUAGUAAAAGUCCAUGAAAAUAUUCAUCGCGUAAUAUUUGGAAAACGCUCUCAUACAUUUAUUUCAUAUUGCAAUAUGUUGGGAGCCUUGAUGAAUACUACCGUCGUGAGCUCGCGACGGUGGGCGAAUGGAGGUCACGUACCUCGUCCCAGUCCUAAAUUAACUCACGUCUGUAGUCGGCGUAUCUUAAAGUCACUAGUUUCGAUUGGUGCAAGUCGCUUUGAAAGUUUAGUUUUCGAGAAAAUAAUAAGCGGUAAACGAUUUCUAUGAUGUCAUCAUUACGUCAAAAUCCUUUCGUGACAUUGUGUGAAAAGAGCUUGCUCAUUGAAUUAUUCAAGACGAAGUUGUAGCCUUUUCAAUGCGGCUAGGUGUGGUAGACCAAAACUAAUUAAAUAUAUCAGUGUUUCCAGAAACGCUUUAAGAGUUCUCUGUCGGGGUUUACGAGGAAAAAACUAAAGUGUCGCUUGGUAAAUAUUUAUUGGUUCUAGACUCUUGUCGAGACAAUGUUCUUGUCUUGGAGCUAUUUUGGGGUCAUUGUGCUCUUAACCUGUCUGUAUCAAAUUGCACUAUCUGAUCAUCAUUCAACAAUGGUCGCAAAAAGAGACGCCUCGUGUGGAGCAGGACUCACCUGUGGUCCCGACUGCCAGGCUCUUUGUGUUGCAAUGCACAAUUACUAUCGAAAACUGCACGAUGCACCUCCCUUGUCGUGUGAUCCAGAACUGGCCAAGUCAGCCCAAGAAUGGACCGACGAACAAGCACGAGCAGGCAACAUGCACCAUUCAGAAUGGACGGAUAAGUUUACUGAGAGCAUCUCAUGGAAAGGUUGGGGAUGGGAAGGGAUGGAGAAGAUGGAAGGAGCCAUCCCAGGUGCCAUAAGGGGCUGGUACUCUGAGAUCAAAAAUGAUUAUAACUAUGCUACAGGGAAAGGGAAUGGUCAGGCUGUUGGUCACUUCAUGGCUGUAGUAUGGAAAGGAGAGACCAAAAUAGGCUGUGGGUUGAACAUCAAGGAAGGCGAUGGGACAUACGUGACAGCUCAUUAUGCACCUGCCUCGCAUGUUAAUGUGAAUUUUGAACUGGUUCCAAAAAAUGUCUUACCGCGUAAAGACCCAGAUCCAAAAUGUGAUAUCCGUUCAUCGGAACGUAAAGAUUGCAACGCAGACCUGAAGGCCCCAUUCGUGACCCCUGAGGAAUGCCUUAGCGCUGGCUGUUGCUACGAUGAUAUGUUCAUGUCCGAACCAAGUGUAAAUUUCUACGGAGCAGAAGGCAGAAAUUGGUGCUUCGUUCGUAAAGGAGGAGCACCCUCUCCCACUAAAGCACCAGGUGCCCAAACUACAAAAGCAACAGGUGCUCCUGGUGUUACUGAGUCCCCUAGAGGUGGUCAAACAACAGGUGCUCCUGGUGUUACUGAGUCCCCUUGAGGCAAACAAACAGAAUGUUAACUUUAAAGUGCUACUACGACGAAAAUC